AUGGGCUUCCUGCAGUACACCUCCACCGCCAGCGGAGGGACCCAAAGCGCAGACCUAACCGGAGGGUCGGUCACCGGGUCCGUCACCGGGUCGUUCUUCGUGUCCGUCACCGGGUCGGACCCCGGGUCGGUCACCGGGUCCGUCACCGGGUCGUUCCCCGUGUCCGUCACUGGGUCCGUCACCGGGUCCGUCACCGGGUCCGUCACCGGGUCGGUCACCGGGUCCGUCACCGGUCGGUCAAGGGGAAAUGAAGGCAGUUUCCCCCUGGAGAUGUGCUCACACUUCGAUGCGGAUGAGAUCAAGCGUCUGGGGAAGCGCUUCAAGAAACUGGACCUGGACAACUCCGGCUCGCUCAGCGUGGAGGAGUUCAUGUCGCUGCCGGAGCUCCAGCAGAACCCGCUGGUCCAGAGAGUCAUCGACAUCUUCGACACGGACGGCAACGGAGAGGUGGACUUCAAAGAGUUCAUUGAGGGAGUCUCUCAGUUCAGCGUCAAAGGGGACAAAGAGCAGAAGCUCCGCUUCGCCUUCCGGAUCUACGACAUGGACAAGGACGGCUACAUCUCCAACGGCGAGCUCUUCCAGGUGCUGAAGAUGAUGGUGGGCAACAACCUGAAGGACACGCAGCUCCAGCAGAUCGUGGACAAGACGGUGAUCAACGCGGACCGGGACGGGGACGGGCGCAUCUCCUUCGAGGAGUUCUGUUUAGUGGUCGGGGGUCUCGAUAUACACAAAAAGAUGGUGGUGGACGUGUGAGCGCUCCUUCACCUUCGUCCUCCUCCUCCUCCUUCAC